AUGGAUAUCGUUGAGCGCUUUGGUGCAUCCAUCGAGCCUUAUGUUAUUCUCUCGCAUACUUGGGAGGAUGAAGAAGUCACUUUUCAGGAUUGGGACAAGCCUAGUAUAAAGAACGAGAUGAAGGGUUUUCAGAAAAUCAGGCAAACAUGCGAGCUCGGUGCUGCUGACGGUUACCGGUACGCUUGGGUUGACACUUGCUGUAUCGACAAGACCAACAGUACGGAGCUUUCCGAGGCCAUCAACUCAAUGUACAAAUGGUACGAAGAUGCCGCCGUCUGCUAUGUCUAUCUUUCGGAUCUUCGCGAUGGCGCCGGCGACGAGGCAUUAAAAGAACAGCGCUGGUUCAAACGCGGCUGGACAUUGCAGGAGCUGAUAGCUCCACGAGAGGUCCAAUUCUCUUCUCGGAACUGGCUACGCAUUGGAGUGAAAGCUGGCAUGGCGAGGACCUGA